AUGAAGAACUUACCGGAGUCAUAUACACUAGCGGACGACGGGUCGCUAAGCGGACCUGUACAGAUCUUGGUUGGAAACGAAUAUUACUGCAACAUAACUUACGAGAAAAAGGUACAACUGGAUAGCAAUUUGUUUCUAAUCGACUCUGCACUUGGUUGGAUAAUUAGUGGUAGAGCAGAACCACAGCUUAGAGACGAGUCGUACUUAGUGACUUACACUCAGACUUGCAUUGAAACGAAGCUUCAUCAGCCAGAUCCACCUCUUUGUAAUGGAGACAUAAAGAGCCUUUGGGAACUAGAAUGUAUAGGUAUUAGUGAUUCCCCAAGAGCAACUAGAGAAGAAGAAGCCAUCAAAUAUUUUAAUGAUACAACUUUAAAAUUAAAUAAUCGUUACACGGUAAGCUGGCCUUGGAUAACUUAUCCACCGGAUUUACCUAAUAAUUUUGGAAUGGCUUUUGGUCGUUUAUCAAGCUUAUUGAAGCGUAUGGAUCAAGAUACGUUAUUAGCAUACAGCGAUACGUUUAAAGAACAAUUAGAUAAAGGUAUAAUAGAAGUUGUACCUACUUCAAGAACGUCAACGGGUAACGUCGUUCACUACUUACCUUUCCAUGGAGUACGUCACCGAGGAAAACCUAUGAGAAUAGUUUAUGAUGCUAGCUCUAAGAGUAGCAAAGACACCAAGAGUCUGAACGAAUGUUUGUACAGAGGACCACUCAUGUUAGAAGACCUCACUGGCUUACUUAUAAAAUUUAGAACUCAUCGGAUAGGUUUAACCUCAGAUAUUGAAAAGGCGUUUUUACAGAUGGCGUUACACAAGAAGGAUCGUGAUGUAACCAGAUUCUUGUGGCUCAAAGAUACCUCUAAACCGGUAUCUCAAGACAACCUACUAUACCUUAGGUUUUGUAGAGUUCCAUUUGGCGUCAUUUCAUCACCGUUUUUGCUUAAUGCGACUAUUAAGCACCACCUGUCCAACGCAGAAGAUCAGCAAGUCAGACAGAAAGCAAAUGACAUAUAUGUGGAUAACUUUGUUUCGGGUACCGACACUACGGAUGAGGCGAUGAAACUCUACAAAAAUCUAAAAGGAAGUAGCGAGUCAAGACAAUGA